CUCCAACAGAAUUUGAGCAAUAAAGAGUUUACAGAAUUGAGGUGGAAACCUGGUAUGCAGGGGCGAGGGAGUAGGGGUGGACGGGGGAACUAUUCACAUUGUUACAUAUCGAAUGAUGGUAGUGGUAGCAGAAAACAUCCUUCUGAAAAGGAAAAUGGAGUCAAUCAAGUUCCAGACAAGGGUGUUGGGCUCUCGUCCUUGCCCACCUCUCAGGAGUCAAAAAAUAAAGAAGUCCUUCCUUCCACGAGAUGCUACUCUCUGCAAUUAAAGUUUCAUUGAUGUUUAUUUUAGAUUUUCCUUUGACCCAAUGUACAAGUAAAAAGAAGAAGUUCUCCCAUUGACUUUGUGACAGGAGAUGCUCAUGGGCAUCUCACAUCAAGCUCUAGCAGCAACUCAAUUGCUGGGACCCAGGCAACUUUGCCUGGAGUCUAUUUCUCAGCUUCAGAUCCUGUCCUGGUGCCAUGUCAUGAUUCUUGGCUUCCCAGAGCUGUAGGUGUAAUUAAGCGUGAGGUGGGAAGUCAGCGAACUACAGUCGAACAAAUUUCCUUUGACCCUUAUGAGGGAAAAUCAAUUCUUGCAGUUUCUGAUGUACGAAGCUCCACCAUUCAAGGAACAAGUACGAGCAAAUCCCUGGGGUAGCAAAUAUCAACAUUCAGAUUCAACACAACCUGCGUCUUCUACUCAUGGUGGCUCUUCUGUUCUUAGGCCUUUGCCCAAUUCAAAUAGACGUUCACAACAAGUAAUUGGUCCUCAAAAAGGUCCUAGUAAGGAAUGGAAACCAAAGCCAGCGAACCCAAAUCUCACUCAAGGAUCUAGAAUAGAUGGUUCAACUGAGGUUCCUACCGCAACAGAAAUUACUAUCCAGUCCAACCCUGUUCUGAGUGUCCUUGAUUCAAAAGAAGCCACAUCAAAACUACAGAGGAAGCUAAUAUGUGGAACGUUUCUCAUAGUGUGUUAGUGAAGCUUCUUUGGUGGAACACUUGGUGGCUAUGGCUUGGACAAUAGAGUUUUCAUACUAUCGCCAUUCUUGCAGAUCGUGUGAUCAAGAAUGAUUGAAAGAACAAUGGUCCAAUUAGUUGGGCUCUUUUAUGUAGUUUUUGUUGGGAAAUUGUUUCCCAAGCUAAUAUGAUGAAUCUUUAUUUAAUUGUUGAAUUUUUUUGUUGUAUAUUGACAUUUGGAUAUUGUUGAUGUUGAAUGGAAUAAAUCAUUUUUG